CUUCAUUUGGCGGGGGAUAAACACCCCGAAGCUGUUAGCUAUCCUACUUUUUCAACAUGCACAACUCCGAUGUCGACCAUCUACAAUAUCACGAAAGUUUUCCGGCCCCUAAUACAAUGCCGCAAUCUCUCCUCCCUACGCUCAUCCAGCGGCCCGGGGCCUCGAGGCACCAUAGGCCGUCGUCCAGCACCCGCCGGCAUUCCCGACAAUGCGACGAAAGCGAGUACCACGCUCCUCCGGCCUGAGCCUAUCGCCGAGGUACCGGACAAUAGCUAUAACUCCCUGAGCACGCCCGUCUACAUCCCCGAGGACCCGGGCGCUGUAAUUACCUCGAGGCAUCCAGCGGCAAGAAUGCUCGAGAACUCGGCGUUGGUUAUACAGAGGCAGUUGGAGCUGGGAAAUAUUUUGCUCGGCUUCGAGCAGGCAAACAAAUACGUCAUCAUGGAUCCCGCCGGAAACCACGUCGGCUUCAUGGCCGAGGAGGAAAACAGCAUUACAAAGGUGGUGAUGCGACAAUGGGCACGCACGCAUCGGUCGUUUCAAACCCACGUAUUCGACAAGCACGGAGUUGAAAUACUACGGUUCCACAGGCCAUUCUCGUUCAUCAACUCGGCAAUUACAGCGUACGAUCCGCUGGACCCCGCAACCUUGGGUAACGGCGGAACACCGGAGUAUGUAUCGCGAGAUAAGUACAGAAUCAUCGGAGAGUGUCAGCAGCAGUGGCACGUGCUGAGGAGGAAGUACAAUCUCUUUCUAUACCAAGACCAGCCUGCCGAGUCCGAUGUUGAGCCGGUGGCUGGAGGGAGGGGCGGGACAUAUAAGCAAUUUGCGUAUGUCGAUGAGCCAGUUCUGUCAUGGGACUUCUCACUCCUGACCGACUCGACUCCUCCCUCGCUGAUCGGCAGCGUAAAUCGCAACUUCGCCGGCUUCGGCCGCGAGAUCUUCACCGACACGGGUGUAUACGCGCUCCGCAUGGACGCGGCCAGCGUCGCCGCCGAGCCGCAGCACCUAAUCUCUAACAGCCACAAGCAGCACUCGUACCGCGUCCCCGCCGCCGUCGAAACCCCAGAAUCGACGGAACUCGAGGGCGUGGGCAAGCCCGCGGCCGGCAGGGGAAUGACACUCGACGAGAGAGCGGUAAUGCUGGCUGCUGCCGUGUCGAUUGAUUUCGACUACUUUAGUAGACACUCCUCCGCCAUGGGACAUGGCGGGUUCAUGCCGAUUGGUGUGUUCGGCGGCGGUGGAGGCGAACAUAAUCCUAGUUCUGGUGCUGCCGGUGGCGUGGCGGGGGGCGUGAUGGGAGGUGCCGCCGGCGGUGCUAUGGAUGGGUAUCACGGUGACCAGCAGCAGGAGCAGGCGCCGGAUCAGUACGGCGGGUAUCCGGUGCAGCAGUCGGAUCCGUGGGAACAGCAGCAGCAGCAGACCCCGUGGCAGCAAGGACCGGGCGAGGAUAUCGGUGGUGGCGGUGAUGGUGAAAGUGGUGGCGGCGGGGCGUUCUGGUUCUUUGAUGACGAGGACUGAGCUUGGGCAGCGGCCGUGAACACUACUGUAGAUACAUACUCUGGAUAGAAACCUCCCCAAUCAAAGCAUAAGAUCCUCACCAGAUAUCACCCGGCGGUUUGGAUGCGAGAGAAGUCGAUGUUCCGUCGUAUGCAUAGGUACAGGAAGAGCUUGAUCCGAUGGGUUAUACGGAUUACGG